GGUGUGGGUGGUGGCUAGGUUUGCGAUCAAUAUUUUCAUAUUUCUUGGUGGAAAUGGACGCGUUCAAAAUUUAAAUAUGUUUUUGUAGGUAGAGACAGGUUCGCAAUUCAUGUUAUCAUAGAGCCAUAUCUAGGACGAAAUAAAGGUGUAAGCAGUCUAGAGGAUAUGAUAAUAACUAAAAACGAAAUUGAAAUUGACAAUCUUGUCAUUGCAAAAGUCGAAGGUUCAUACAGAAAAAAAUAUUUAGACCUCGAUAAACAGACUCCAAAAUACGUUGAAAAUGAAUGUUUUGGUUGCCCCAAAGACGAGGUCUGGUGUUUGUUACCGAACAUUUCAAUGUGCUUUUCAAAAAAUCCGUGCAUAGAUAAUUAUUACGAUCAUCUUAAAAUUUCGAGUGAUACGCAAAUUGUCCGAUUCAAUUUGUUGAUGACAAGCGAUGAAAAAUUUACUGCUAUAGGUGAUGACCAGAAGAGUGCUCUAAAAAUGCAAAUAUCUGAACAAUUAAAUUGUUCCGUCCAACUUUUAACUGAAGUCGAUAUUGUACAAUCAGAAGAAGAGGGCUACAUAGAACUUGGUUUUGUUGUUAUGUCUUUAAACGACAAUAGGGAGCUGAAAAGGGCCGUGAUAAACGUCCAUAAAGCCAGUGACAAAGGAAUGUUGUCUGUUAUCACACCGUCAGCUGUUUACUAUGCUGUUCCGGAGACUGUCCUGUUUCGUCAGUACAUAUCCGGCUAUCCUAAACCGAGUCAGGAAAGACUUAAAUCCCCUGACCUAGGAAAUAUCAUAACUGGAAUAAGUUUUAUUGUGUUGAUCAUCUUCACUGUAUUGAUAGCCUCUAUAGCCAGGAAAACACAACCCUUGCGUCCGUAUGCAAUAAUGAAAGGUUCGUAUAAUACUCAUAUUGUAGUUUGUAACGUCGAUAUUGCUUGA